AUGUCCUCAACCAUUGAAUAUCUUGAGAACAAACAAGAUAUUGACAUGUGCUGGAGCAGACAGACUGGAAUGAGAAAUUCAUUUGGUAAACCAUAUGGUAGAGCAGCACGAGUAUUUGUUGGUCAGCACAUCAUCAAUGUUAGAACAAAGGGUAAUUUUGUAUCCCACGCUAAAGAAGCAUUGAGAAGAGCUAAAAACAGGUUAUCAGGGAAGCAAUUGAUUCAGGAGUCUACGAUUCAUGAAUUUACGAAGAUGACACGUGAUGAGUAUCAGAAUCUAAGGAGUGAGAAUAGGUUACUGGUUAGAGGAAGUUGCGUGAGUGUUGUUAAAGAGAAGGGAUCUAUUGAAAAGUACAAGGAGAGAAUGACUAAGGCGCUUGAAUAG